AUGCUUCAGCUACAAUACUUCAAAAAUGAAUACGACUCAGAACAAAAUAUGCGUCAAUCGAUUGUUGUGAAAGCCCGUGUCGAUGACAUGGAACAAGCGGAAAAUGCCAUUUUCGAUCUUACUGAGUCACUUGGAACGUUCUUCGUUCAAGAGGAUGUCUACUUCAAUGUUCCAAAUGGAAACCUUAAACUCCGAAUUAUGCAUCCAAAUCGAUGCGGUCAACUCAUCUACAGUUCCUUGAGUGAGAAAUCCAAUCACAAAUUAAGCGAAUCACAAGUGACGGAAGUCGAGGAUGUGCUAUCUAUUCGAGUGAGUUCGUUUUGA